UUAAGUAACCCCCCUUCGCUUGCUCCCUUCUCAACCCAUUGGACCUGAUUGACCUACUAUUGCAGCGUCUUUGACUCAAGGCGUCCUUCUGUGAUACUCUCGCGAUCCGGGAACGCUACCUGUGAUCCUGAGAACUUCCCUAUAUCAUGUUUUGCAUCCGUCAAUUGAUUUUCCAGGCUCGAUCGACUGACCCAUGAUUAUAGAACCUAGCAUUGGACAAGUCUUGAAAAACAGACAGACCGUCCUUCAUCCAUCUUGUUUUGGGUGCUUUUUGUCAGCCCUGCAAUAGAGAAGAUUUUUUUUUCUUUACAUCAAGACCCACUAGCAGUUCAUAAUAAAUUUUUUUUUUAAAAUACCAACAUCAUGGUUCUGCACAACCCCAACAACUGGCACUGGGUGAAUAAGGAUGCCUCCGGAUGGGCCAAGGAUUACCUGAAGGAGAAGCUUCUCACCAUUACCGCUGAGGAAGAUGGUGUCACCGCAAAUGUCUCCAACCUCCUGUCUAUGGAUGGCGACGUAGACGUCAGCCAGAGAAAGGGCAAGGUCAUCACCUUGUUCGAUGUCAAAGUACAGCUAGAGUAUCAAGGUAAGACCAAGGAUGAGGAGUCUGUUAGUGGUACUAUCACCAUCCCCGAGGUUGCCCAUGACACAGGGGAAGAUGAGUAUGUUUUUGAAAUUGAGAUCUACUCUGAAUCCUCUUCCAAGCAGCCCGUGAAGGAACUCGUGCGGUCGAAGCUUGUCCCACAGCUCAGGCAGGAGUUGGCUAAACUCGCACCUGCCCUGAUCAGCGAACAUGGCAAGGAUAUCCAACAUGCUCCUGGUGAAAACCCGUCUAAGGGUUUCACCGCACCAACCUAUCACCCUCAGACCAAGAAGGAUACUUCGGUUUCCAACUCAACCACGACUAUUACUACUGGCGGCAAGAUUGCUGUCAAUACUACUACCGUGACCGCCUCAGAUGAGUUCCGCACUACCGCGGAGGAAUUAUACAACACUUUCACAGACCCACAGCGUAUUGCCGCUUUCACCCGUGGAGCCCCUCGUCAGUUCGACGGUGCUUAUACUGGUGGAAAGUUUGCUAUCUUUGAUGGCAACGUGAGCGGAGAAUAUACUAAGCUGGAGAAGCCCACUCAGGUUGUGCAGAAGUGGCGUUUGGCCCAGUGGCCCCAGGGUCACUUCAGUACACUUGAGAUCAACUUUGAUCAGAACGAUGUCGACGGUGUGACCCAGAUGCGUGUAUGUUGGACUGGAGUCCCAGUGGGCCAGGAAGAUGUCACUAGACAGAACUGGGACAUGUACUACGUUCGUAGCAUCAAGCAAACUUUCGGGUUUGGCACUAUCCUCUGAUCUUGUGCGUCCGUAUUUGAAAGCUUGAUGAUUCAAACGCCGCUUGAAAUACAGAUGAUCUGGUUUUAACGGCAAUCCACGCGUCCUGUAGGGGCGGACGUUCAUUAUGUUUUGGACAGUGUUCUUGGGAGGCAGACACUAUACCUCACAUGGGUGCCUUUUUUUGGUUUGACAUACAAUCCCCUCGUUUCCACAUCUAUGAGGGUAUGGCUCGACGAUUCCACGAUAGAAGUUCCAUGAUUAGAACAAUGUAAAAUGAAUAAAUAACGAAGACCUAUGAUAC